AAAAAACUUUAGACCAACGGUGCAAUCAAAGAUAACUAAAGAGUAUGCCGCACACGAGGGGGCGACAAAAGAUCCCGAUGAAGCUGAUACCGAAGCAGGACGACCUCUACGCGUGCUUCUCGAAGCGGCGGUUCGGCCUCUUCAAGAAGGCCAGCGAGCUGAGCACGCUCUGCGGCGCGGACGUCGGCGUCCUCGUCUUCUCCCCAACAGACAACCCCUUCUCCUUCUUCUCCCCGAGCAUGGACGCCGUCCUCGACCGGUUCCACAGCCCGGCCCUCAGCCACUCCGCCUUCGCCAUCGACGCCCACGCGCGGGCAUGCAUACGCGUGCUCAACAAGCGCCUCGACAGCCUGAAGGUGGAGCUCCAGGAGUACCAGCGGCGGGUGGAGGAGGCGGAUCGGGCGAGGGAGAAGGCGUGGUGGGAGGAGACGGGCGUGGAGGGGCUGGAUAAGGAGAGGGUGAGGGAGUGGAUGGCUUGGUUUGGGGAUUUCAAAGCUAGGGUUGAAGGGAAGGUGGAGGAGAUGAGUUCGAAUUCGGCUUAUGGCGGCGCCGCUCAAUUGAUGGAUCCGUUUUAUACUACUAGUAAUUUUUCGGCGGCGGAUCACUCUGGUGGCGGAGAUGAGUAAUUUUUCCAUCUCCGAAUUUGUGUUUUCCUUCCAAUAAUUAUUUUACUAUUGCUUCUGGAUCAUUUCUUUUAAUGUUGGAUUAUGCAUUAUGUUACAUAAACAAUUGAUCCUAGAAUUUCAUAAAAGAGGCGAAUUACAGAGUUGGAUUA